AUGAGUCGUAACUACAUGUCUAAGUACGAUGAGCUGCGCAAGGGAGACUAUCUCAUGUCAAACAACCGUGAGUGGAAAGCUGUGUUUCAGGAGGAUGGAAAUUUUGUCAUCUAUGGUUGGAAGCCUGUGUGGAACUCGGACACGUCCGGCCAGCGUGAUGCCCAUCGCCUGGUGAUGCAGGACGACUGUAACCUGGUCAUUUACCGCAGGGAUAACAAAAUGAUGUGGCAGACCAAGAGCCAGGUAUCCGGAGGCUUUAAAACCUGUCGCCUGUACCUGCGCAAUGAUGGGACCAUGGUGGUGGAGAGGGAUGGAGAAGAGGUGUGGUCCUCAGCCCAGUCCAAGGGCCACAAGUGA